GCCAUUCUCCCCGGUCACCUCGCCAUUGGCAUGUUCGACAAGUUUUGGAAAUUCCACAGAGAUAUCCCAGCGACACGUGUCUUCGCGUACGGUCUCUCAAACGAAUCAGCAACCGUACCGGGCCCCACUAUAGAAGCUCUCCGUGGGGUCCACACUGACGUCACCUGGGAAAACUACCUCCCUUCUCACCACAUCCUCCCAUGGGAUCCCACCAUCACCAACGCCAUGCCCUCCUCCGGCGGCGUCCCCACCGUCGUCCAUCUCCACGGCGGCGUCCACCCUCCUUUCUCCGACGGCAACGCCAACUCCUGGUUCACCUCAGGCUUCCGCUCCACCGGCCCAACCUGGUCUUCUCCGACCUCCUCGUACCCCAAUGUCCAAUCCCCCGGCAAUCUCUGGUACCACGACCACGCCAUGGGCCUCACCCGCGUCAACCUCCUCACCGGCCUCCUCGGCGCCUACAUCCUCCGUGAUCCCUACCUCGAAUCACCCCUUUUCCUCCCUUCCUUCCCCUUCGAUCUCAACCUCAUGGUCUUCGAUCGCAAAUUCCGCGUCGACGGUUCCAUCUACUUGAACUCCACCGGCAACAACCCUUCGAUCCACCCUCAAUGGCAACCCGAGUACUUCGGCGACGCCAUCAUCGUCAACGGCAAGGUCUGGCCUCGCCUCCACGUCCAGCGCCGGCGCUACCGCUUCCGAAUCCUCAACGCCAGCAACGCUCGCUUCUUCCGCUUCUUCUUCUCCAACGCUCUCCCCUUCUUCCAUAUCGGAUCCGACUCCACGUACCUCCCCAAACCCGUUAAGACCACCGGCUUCCUCCUCGCCCCAUCCGAGAUCGCCGAUGUCAUCGUUGACUUCUCCGACUCGCCGACUGACUCAGCGAUCCUACUCAACGACGCGCCGUACCCGUUCCCCUCCGGCGAGACCGUCGACGCGACCAACAGCAAGGUGAUGAAGUUCGUGAUCGAACGGCAGAGAUCUCCUGAUGAGUCACGGAUCCCGAGGCAACUCUUUGUUUUCCCUAAACCCUCGCUGCAAAGCGCUGUGAAAACGCGAUACAUCACGAUGUACGAGUACACGAGCCCGAGUGACCAACCGACUCAUCUCUAUCUCAACGGGAAGGCAUUCGAAGAGCCGGUGACGGAGACGCCGAAGUCAGGGACGUCUGAGAUCUGGUACGUGAUCAAUCUAACGGGUGACAAUCACCCGCUGCACAUACACCUGGCCCACUUAGCAGCGCUGGAGCAACGCGAGAUUUUGGAGCUGGAGAAGUUUAAGGAUUGCAUGACGAGGUUGAACGAUGCGAUCAAGUGCCACGUGGAUGAUCAUGCGGUUGGAAAAAAGGAUAAGGUGGCAAAGUAUGAGAGGGGUUGGAAGAACGUGUUCAAGGUUAAGCCAGGGUUCAUGACCACGAUGUUGGUUCGGUUCGAGUUACUUGGACCGGGGAAUACAACGUACCCGUUCGAUGCCACCGCUGAACCGGGUUACGUUUACCACUGUCACAUAGUGGACCAUGAGGACAAUGCCAUGAUGAGGCCACUGAAACUCCAGCCAUAGAGAUUAAUUAUCAUCUAUUGUUGUGUGAUUAGUAUUUUGGGGUAUUUUAUUUAAAUUAUAAUCAUUCUGUUG